UGUCACACUAAUGUCAAAAAUAUCGUGAAUGUGACGGCCGGCGAGCUUUAACGCGCGAUUUUCUUUAAAAAAAAACGAUUUUUUAACUUUCCUGCGAUGGUGGUAAUAUGCAGGUUGUGCCUAAAAAGUCUCGACGCCAUCACGACGGAUUAUUUUGAUAUUUUGUUCGGCGACGAUCGUGGUUUAGCGCCGUACAAUUACCUCGAAAAAGUGAUACCAGAACUGUAUCUUAGUCUCACCGAGGCUCCCAUACUAUGUAAAGAAUGUUACGACCAAACCAAGAAAUUCUACUACUUUAAACAGUCUUGCCUCAAAACGGAUCAACUGAUUAGAAUCUUUAUGCGACAUUUUCGCAGCUCUGGUAAAGUUAACCUGGAAAAUGUGAUCUCAUACUGGAAGACGCAGUAUCAGAAGAAUCAGAUUCCUUUCAAGGUGGAUCAGGUUAUGCUGGAAAAGAUAUUGGGAUUGGGGGCGGAAAAACAGCCAGUCGCUGAGGAUGAAAACAACUUUAAAGGCUUAACUGUAAACCUCGAUAUGGAAGAAUUGAAAGAAAAAGAACUUACUGAACAAAUAAAGAGAGAACUCUUGGGCAACUCGAAGUUUAAAAGAUUAACAGAUGCCCUGGACAGUUACAUUAUGGGUCGAGUGAUUAAUUACUCCUUUAAAUCAACGUACGCGUUAAUUCGUAAAUCGACACAUAAAGAUAUGAAGGAGGCCAUACGUAAAACGGGCGAUAAACACCUAAUCAAUCAAGAGAAUAACUUAAAGUUAUUCGAUUUAAUUUUAAUAGAACAAGAUCCGAUCUGUGGACUGAAGAUUAUCAAUUUGGCGAAACCGCUUCCGGUAAGGGUGUUGCGUAGGAAAUCAAAUGUCUUCACCGUAUCUUCAGAACCCAAGGAGAGACCUAGAGAAGAUUAUUCCGGUAUCUGUUAUAUGUUAUCGGAAAAAACUCACCCGUUGCCGAAGGCCCAAAUUCGAGUUAAACCGGUGACCACAUUACAGGAACCCAAAAGUGUAUCUUUAGAAACGCCCCAAACCAGUUGUCCAAGGUCAAAACUUGAUAAAGGUUUGCCGAAAAAUGCCAAACAAUCAAAAACAACCCUUCCCAGCACUACCAAUCAACGAGAUAAUGAGGUUCCACUAAACAUAUUCACUAGAAACGAAUCGUCAAAUGUGGUGGGUAACGUAACUGUGCAAAAUUCUUCAGAUUUAGCACCGAAUAACCCUGAAGAGACCCUUGACAAUCCUCGAAACCCCUCUGAAAAUACCGAAAGCGUGAUGGACAUUUACCCGGGGUCUCCUCAGACGGAAGACGAUGGCGGUGGAGACCAUUUUAGCGAAUCUACGAUAGAACAACCGGAAGUAAACCAACCCCGGUCAAAAACGAACCAAAACAAAGCGAAAACGGCGGAAAAAACCGUCGAUAUCCGGUCGUUCCGGCGCAAAAGCGCGAAACAAAUCAGACGGGACGCGAAAAAGGCGUCGUCGAUCGACGAGUGGCCGCAGGACGUGAACUACUUCGAAAGUCCGUUACACAGGGACGUGUUACUGCUCUUCGCCAACUUCAACGUCGACGGCGACUAUAUAAACGACCACGACUACUUCCGGUCGCCGUACGGCACCACCCAAAUGGUCGAGAACCAGUUUUGCGUUUGUAUGUUGUGCGGUAAGAGACAGUUGGCCUGGACCCACGUCAAGCACAUGAAAACCCACGAGACGAGCUGUCGACUGUGCGGCGAACAGUUCGAGAACGUCUAUCGUUUGAAUUUGCACGCCUACAGUCACUUUUACUAUUGCGUCGUGUGCAAAACGACCGUGUUUUACCACAGUUACUUCUACCACGCCAAAAUCCAUAGCACCAGUUAUCUUAAACCAAUAAAUCGGUUGCAAAUGAACAAAAACGCCAAAAAAACGGAAAACAAACGACCCACAUUGGAGCCGAACUGUGUCCUAAAACUGCUCGAGGACCACAGCGAGACUGCAAACGAAAAACGCGCCAAUUCAGCGGUUUCACCGGCCAGUUCGAGCACCGAGAGCGCCACCUCGGAAUCGAGCGAGCACCAACGAUUGACGUUAAGCGACUUAUUAAACGAGCCGGUGACGUCAACGCCGCCGGAAAUGAUUUUAUUAACCGAAGAGGAGACGGAGGAACUGUGCAGCGGUAAAACGGCGAAGCAUCGGUACGCGGAAACCCCGCUGAAGUCUGUCAAAGAUGUUUUAGCGGAUAUUAGACGUCAGGCAGUGGUCGAUGACGUUCGCUUACGUGGACGUCCAAAGCAAGAAAACCCCAAAGAAACGGUAAAAAAAUCGAAUAAAACCCGCCUGAAACGGCAACCUAAGCGCAGAAAACGCAAAAACAAAGAUUCCCUCGACGCUUAUGUCAUAAAGAAACCCAAGAGGUAUGUUAAGAAGUCCAAAAAGUCUGAAACGGCGUCUCCUCAUGGCGACGUAUCACAGUCGAAACGUUCGAAAAACAAAGAGAUAUCCUCAGAAAACUUUGCUGCAGCACCGUCUACUUCAUGUGAAAAACUCACGCCGCCUGAGAAUGAGUUGAGACCAGAAAUGGUUGAUCCUGGUCUCCACCGGUCAAAAGUGACAUCCGAGGCGCAAAAUCCGGUUAAAACUUCCGCAACAGAAUCAUUUUCUUUGGGGGAACAGUCUGAUGUACCCAUAGGUUCAAAGACACCCGGGAUUUUGGGAAGAAAGUCCGGGACAUGCAAGAAGAGCGUAUUUAGGCCGGAAAUGAAUCAAACAACUGACUCAAAUGAUAUAAUAGCUAAUUUUGCACCGGAAGUGGACGAAUCUGAAGCUGAAAAUCUUAAUAAACCUUCCUUAAAAAACCCUAUAGAAGGGGAGUCAAAUGUUCCUGUGCGACCCAAAUCCAGAACUCGUAAGAAGAGUAUGAGUACGGAAGAGCAUCUUAACGAACCCAAACAGAAGAAACGUCGGAAGAGCACGUUUGAGCCAGACGAAACUUGCGUGGCCGAGAAGCCCAAAAUGUGCCGUAAAAACAUAAUUGCUCCUGAUUUAACCGCUCUGGAACGGAAAUGUGACGACUUACCCUCCAUAUUAAGCAGCGUCAAAAGUCGGCGCCGACGCAAUAGCAUCUAUCAAAAACCCAGAAGUGACUUGAAGGAACCGGAGAAACGUCUGGUGGUGAUUCUGGAAAAAGUUCCGUGUCUGGAGACGUUACAGUUGGCUUAUAUGGUGGAACAAUUGAAGGAGCGGUCCUUGCAAGCGAUCGAGUUUCAAAAGAUGAGGAAUAUGAGUGAGAGAGAGGGACAGUAAGAAUAUGUUGUAGAGAGAGGGAGAGAUAUGGUUGUUGGUUAAACUGAAAAAAGAAUUACAAACGGCUAAAUGGCGCAUCAGGUCUUCCCUGAAUUCUGGCGUCUUGUUUUGUCAUAAAGAAACUCUGACAACAACGGAUUUGCGUGCAAAUUUAGCCGCUUGCAGAGGACAAUGUUGCCACAUUACUUCAAAUGUGGUCAAUUAAAUGACAAUUUUUUUUUCUGUGAUCCAUGUUCAAAAGAAAAACCGCAUGCGGCGCUUUUUUGUACGAAACAUUGGUAAUCAAAAUGUUAAGCUGUUUAAAGGGAAUACUAAUUUCCUCCCACGCUAAAAUUGUAGUGGCAACAUUGUGUGACCUCCAAAAACCACGAACGUUGACGUUGACAGGUGACGUUUGACGUAACACCAACUGGAACCACAACUUUCUUGCAACAAAAAACACGCUCUCCAGUUUUCUGUGAUUUUUUUUUGUGAUAUUAAUGUUACUCACAUUGAGAAAACCAUAUAUAAUUAAUUCUUGUUUUAUUAAUUUUUCUGCUGACCCCAGUUCUACAUUGAGGGAUAGUGAGCAGUUCAAUUUAAUUUCCUAAUUAUUUGAAUAAUUUUGUUUUUGUUACGAUGUUUAUUGUUUAAUAAAAUACUACGUUUUGUUAA